CGUUGCGUUGUUGACAUCUUGAUUUAAAUAACCUAGUCUUGAAAUGAAAUAUAAUCUCUAGAGUUGUAAACUUUGAAAUAAAUACUAGACGCUACGUUAAUGAUGACGAACUCUGCCAUACUUCAAAAAUCUAAAGGGCCAGCACCAACUGUUGACCAAAUUAAUGCAGACAGAAUAACACAGCUUGCUAACCAAUAUUGGGCGCCUCACACCAAGCAAAACCACCUACCAUUUGAUGAAAAUGUUGUGAAGGAUAUUUAUAUAAAAGAAAUAUGUGGGUCAAAGUUUGCUAUUCGUCGCACCAUGAUGUUGGAGUUCAGUCAAUAUCUGGAAAAUUACCUCUGGCCCAACUACUCGACUGUGCAACCAUCCCACGAGCACAUGAUGUCCAUCGUAGUUAUGCUCAAUGAGAAGUUCAGAGAGCGUGUCCCAGCAUGGGAGGCCUUCAAAAAACAACCAGAGCACUUUCCACAGUUUUUCCAACAAGUUCUAGAAGCCUGCUUGUCUGUUCACUCAUUGAGAGAGAAAACAGCUCUUAUUGUUUUUCUCAACCAUGCCUUUAACAGUAUGGAAGUUGAAUUGAUUCGUGAGCAAGUGAAGCGACUUGUGUCCCUCUCCAUGUGGGUUUCUCUCCAAGACGGAAGAAGAGAGCAAGAGCUGAAGAAAGCUCCUAAGUGGAGAAAGUUUUGGGUGAAGAUAAAUAAAAGAGAUACUCCUGAGAUGAAGAAGAAGUUGGAGUGGGAGCGAAAGUUUCUUCAUCGAUUGAUGCUCAAUUUUAUCGAAACACUUGAAUCAAUACCAAUGAAAGGGGACGUAAGUUCAGAGACUAUCCAAUACUGUGAGAGGUUCUUGGAGCUGAUGAUAGAUCUGGAAGCUCUAUUGCCCACUCGAAGAUUCUUCAACACAGUGAUGGAUGAUUGUCAUCUGGUUGUUCGUUGUGACCUCGCCGCGCUGCCUCGGCGUCCUGAUGGCAACCUCUUCAACCAGUUGCUGGACGUACUCAAGUUCUACUCGAGGUUCGAGAUCAGUGAUGAGACUGGAGACCCGCUGACUGAUCAUGACAUGACUCAGAUACAUUACAACAGCAUCACCUCUCUACAGAAGGCAGCAUUCGCCAAGUUCCCUGACCUGCACAGCUUCUCUCUAGCCAAUGUUGCCAGUGUAGACACCCGGGAAGCUCUUCUGAAACAUUUUGGACCUCUUGGCCAAGAAAAGUUACGUGCAAUUGCAACCUACCUCAACUUGGUUCCGCCUCCUGAGAAAGAAGAAUUGGAAAAUUGGUUCCGCACUGACCCAGAAUUUCUUUUAGAGCUUUUGGUCUCCAGACAUGAGCGUCGUAUUUCUCAGCUUGAGGAACUCAACAGCAUGCCGCUGUACCCAACUGAGGAGAUCAUCUGGAAUGAAAACAUCGUCCCUACUGAGUACUUCUCUGGUGAAGGCUGCCUAGCCUUGCCCAAGUUGAAUCUACAAUUCCUAACCUUACAUGACUACUUACUCCGUAACCUAAAUCUCUUCAGACUUGAGUCUACGUAUGAAAUAAGACAAGAUAUCGAGGAUGCAAUUAGCAGAUUAAGCCCUUGGAAGGCUGAAGAUGGCAGUGCAUACUUCGGUGGCUGGGCAAGAAUGGCCCAACCUAUUGUCAACUUUGCAGUAGUUGAAGUUGCCAAACCCAACAUAGGUGAGAAGAAGCCAUCGCGAGUGAGAGCAGACGUCACAGUCAAUCUGAGUGUCCGCAGUGAGAUCAAAGCAGAAUGGGAGAACUUGCGCAAACACGAUGUCUGUUUCCUCAUCACUGUCCGGCCAACACUACCCAUUGGUACCAAGUUUGACGUGAGAGGUGAGUUUCUCACACAGAGUGGCCUUGUGUAUGUGAGAGGCUGUGAGAUGGAAGGUAUGCUGGACCAGAACGGCCGUGUGAUAGAGGACGGCCCCGAGCCUCGCCCCACGCUGGCUGGAGACAGUCGUACAUUCCGAGUGUGGCUUGACUCAAACCAGUACCGCCAGGACAUGGACCGCGCCAGUCAGGGCAAGGAGGAUGUCUAUGAGACUUUCAAUAUACUGAUGAGACGUAAGCCCAAGGAGAACAACUUCAAAGCAGUAUUGGAGACCAUCAGAGAACUGAUGAACACUGAGUGUGUGGUGCCGGACUGGCUACAUGACAUCAUCCUGGGCUAUGGCGACCCAGGUGCAGCACACUACACUGAGAUGCAAGAUGAAAUAGCGACAAUGGAUUUUAACGAUACAUUUCUGGACAUGGACCACCUUAGAGCAAGUUUUCCAGAGUAUGAAAUCAAAGUCAAAACAGACAACCCAAAAAAAUUAAUUCCUCCCUUCAGAUUAACUUUUGAAGAUGUGCUACAUAAACACAACAAGGACAAAGAUGAGGAGGAAUCUAUCAAGAAGUCCAUUGUUGUGGAGCCUCAUGUGAUUCCAAGUCGAGGGCCUUACCUCUUCAAUGAGCCCAAAAAGAAUGCCAUUCUUUUCACUCCUACCCAAGUAGAAGCUAUCAGGGCUGGUAUGCAGCCAGGCCUCACUCUGGUUGUAGGUCCCCCUGGUACAGGGAAAACAGACGUGGCUGUGCAAAUAAUCUCCAACUUGUACCACAACUUCCCAGCGCAGCGCACGCUGAUAGUCACCCACUCCAACCAGGCUCUGAACCAGCUGUUUGAGAAGAUCAUGGCACUAGACAUUGACGAGCGCCAUUUGUUGCGUCUCGGUCACGGAGAGGAAGCUCUGGAGACUGAGAAAGACUUUAGCAGGUAUGGACGUGUCAACUAUGUGUUGGCCAAGCGCCUGGACUUGCUGACAGAAGUACAGAGACUACAGGAGAGCCUGGAGGUAGCUGGAGAUGUAGCCUACACCUGUGAGACGGCUGGUCACUUCUUCCUCUAUCAGGUGCUGGCACGGUGGGAGAUCUUCCUCGCCGCUGUCCGGCCACAGAAUAAGAAGACAGUACCUAUCAAACUGAUCAACGAUGAAUUUCCCUUCCAUAAAUUCUUUGACAACGCUCCCAAACCUCUCUUCAAAGGUCGUAGCUAUGAAGAAGACAUGGAGAUUGCUGAAGGGUGUUUCAGGUAUAUUGAAAAAAUAUUCACCCAGCUAGAGGAGUUUCGAGCAUUUGAGUUGCUACGCAGUGGACUCGACCGUUCAAAAUAUUUACUUGUGAAAGAAGCUAAAGUUAUAGCCAUGACCUGUACUCAUGCUGCAUUGAAGAGAAAAGAACUAGUAGACUUAGGAUUCAAAUAUGACAACAUUCUGAUGGAGGAGGCAGCGCAGAUCUUGGAGAUUGAGACAUUCAUUCCAUUGUUGCUGCAAAACCCCCAGGACGGGUUCAGCAGACUAAAGCGGUGGAUCAUGAUUGGAGACCAUCAUCAGCUGCCUCCAGUCAUCAAGAACAUGGCCUUCCAGAAGUACAGCAACAUGGAACAGUCCCUGUUUACCAGGAUAGUGCGGCUCGGCGUGCCUACCGUGGACUUGGACGCCCAGGGCAGGGCAAGACCUAGCAUAUGUAAUCUGUAUAACUGGAGAUACAAGAAGCUUGGUAACCUGUCACAUGUGGAGAAUUGGUCCAUGUAUCGAGUAGCCAAUGCAGGAUUUGCCUACGACUUCCAACUCAUCAAUGUUGAGGACUUCAAUGGUGUCGGAGAGUCAGAGCCCAGUCCAUACUUUUACCAGAAUCUAGCAGAAGCAGAAUACUGUGUGGCUGUGUUCAUGUAUAUGCGACUGUUGGGUUAUCCUGCUGAGAAGAUCUCCAUCCUGACCACGUACAAUGGCCAGAAGCACUUGAUACGGGAUGUCAUCAACAUUCGCUGUGCUAGUAACCCUCUCAUUGGCAGACCUCACAAGGUGACAACGGUGGACAAGUACCAAGGACAACAGAAUGACUACAUCCUGCUUAGUCUGGUGAGGACCAAAGCUGUGGGUCACUUGCGAGAUGUCCGUCGUCUGGUAGUAGCCAUGUCUCGAGCAAGACUGGGUCUCUACGUGUUUGCAAGGGUCAGCCUCUUCAACAACUGUUUUGAGCUCACUCCUGCCAUCCAUCAGUUGACUCAGCGGCCGCAGCAGCUGAUCUUGUUUCCCGGGGAGACGUAUCCUACCCAGCGACCACACACAUCUUCCCCCCCUCCCACUGCUACUCUCGCUGUGCAGAACAUGGCUCAGAUGGCCACUUAUGUCUACGACUACUAUAUUACAAAAGUCCAAGCUAUGAAGACUGCAUUUUAUGAUGCCCAGAAGGUUUGGACUGCGCCGGCCUCUCACCGUGUGGUGCAACCUCUGAGGAAAGUUCCUGCUCAUCCUGGCGCUGACUUGGACACUGAUAGUGAAGAAGAAGAGGAACGAACCAAAGAGAAGGAAACCGUCAUGGAAACUGACUAAGUAUUAUAGUUUUGUACAUAACUUAAAUUUAAUAAAUUUUUACUCAAAAUA